AUGAGCGGGCUGGGGCCGCAGCGGGAGCUGGAGGAGGCCGCCGCCCUGGAGCGCCGGCGGCGGCGGGAGCUGCUGCGGCGGGGCCGCAUCUUCAACGCACGGAUCCGCACCAUAGGGAUUGAUAAAGAUGCAUUGGAUGCACAGGUCAAGGAGAGGAAAAUUCAAGAAGCAGCUGAAAAAGCAGAGCAUGAAAGAUUUGCUCAUCACAUGAAGAAAAAUGACAAGCUCAUGUGUCUGCUAGAAGAACGCCAGAAAAAUGAAAUCAGAGACAUCAAUAGGGCUCUAACUGAAUUCCAUAAGAAUUUUCAGGGGCCAGAAACAAGACGUGAAUUUGACCUGAAUGAUCCACAAGCCCUAAAGAAAGACAGACCUGCUCGAGUCUCAGAUGAUGAUCCUCGCUGUACUGUCUCUGGCAUGCAGAAGUUUGUGGGUGAAGACUUAAACCAUGAUCAGAGGAUGAAGUUUCAAAAGGAGCAAAUAAGGGAGUGGUCUCUUCAGCAACAGAAAGACUUAAAAAAUGCAUUAGCUGACCAAAAAUUGGCAGAUGAUCUUUAUGACAAGUUUAGGAUUGAACUUGACCGAAAGAUUAUGGAAGAACAAAGAAAAGAAGAGGAAAGCAGGCGUGCUGUUUGUGCAGCUACUAAAAAUUUCAAUAAAAUCCAGGUUGCUGAACUAGAUCACAAAAAUGAAUUGGAAAAGGCUCAAAAAAUGAAAGAUGAUAUGUAUGAAAUAACCUGCCUGCUUCGAGGAGAUUUCCUUUCUGAAAACCCAGACCAAGCAAUCGGUCCUGGGGGUGUGUUGGUGGAUCGAUGGAAGGGGAUGACACAGGAGCAGCUGAUGGCAAUUCGUGAGUUCCAAAAGGAGCAAGUUCUGGAGAAACAGAGAGCCAGAGAGCAGGAGCGCCGAAGGGAUGCGGAGUGGGACAGGCAGCGCGUGCAGGCUGCCAGGACCCAGCUGCUCUGGGAGCGGCACCAGCAGCGCCAGGACCAGGUGCAGCGCCGAGACCUGGAUGCUGUCAAUGCAGGGCUCUCUCAGGAGCAAAGAGCAAAGAACAUUUAUCUUAAAGAGGAAGAGUAUUCAAAUAUUCCAACAGAGGAGUUUUAUGCACAGUUUAAUACAACCACCCGGUGAUGAUCUGGAUAAAUCAACCAGAAUUAUACAGAAGUAUGUAGACACAUUAAAAUUUUCAGUUGAGCAAUCUCAUGUUUUAUUGUUUUUAUCUGUUCCCUGCCCUGUUCAAACACUGCUUCCAAACUAAAGGACAGACAGAUCUGUUCUAAGGAAAGAAAGACAUUGUAAUCAUUUUUAAACAUUAUUGUUGUUCUGAUAGGACUAGUAGAUUCAGUAGUAGAUUGUUUGAAUCUUGUGUCUCAGGCUGUAAUAUUUACAUUAUUCAUGCCUAUAGGAAUCAACUUCUGGAAAGAAAUCUGAAUUUUAACUUUAGUGCUGCUUUAUGCAGCUUGGCCAGAGGGGAAUGCUGCCUCCCAGAGACCACAAGAGAUGCACUUCUCUGGGAGGGAAGGAACAUGACCUAGGCAGAAAAUGUUGUGUUUGUUUGUGGUUUGAUUUUGGGUUUUUUGUUUUGGAUUCUCUAAAAGCAAAAAACUCAGCCAGACAGAAAUGCAAGAAAAAAGGAAGAAGUGAUCAAGUUUGUCAGUGGGAAUAAGGAGAAAAGAGUUCAGUAGUCAUGGAGGUGAUUAUUGCACUGAGGCAAGGCACUGAAACAGAAUGUGUGUUAGAUUUAGUGUGAAAAAGCAGGGGGAAAGUAUUCCUACAUACACCCUGAUGCUUUGGAAAUAAUGGAGGAGGUUUCAGGUAAUGUGCUGCUGAAGGAGAGUGGGGACAAUUCCCAGGUGUGACAGAAAAGGGGUGAAAAAGCAGGUGUGCACCAAAGUCAAGGAGAAAAAUCUCAGCUUAUGCAGGUUUCAUGAAACCUGUGUAUUUCCUGUCUUCAUGGUGACAGUAUUGACUUAGCAAUUAAAGAGCCUCUCAUUGACAUCUGAAAAUGGCUGAGCACAGCACAGGGGAAAAAAUAUGGAGAAGCAAUGUAGGAAAGUAACUGCAUAAGGGAAAUGGAUGGUGGAGCUAACAAGGAAAUUAAAUCCAGAAGAGAAAGAGCUGAAAUGAAAGGACUGCAAAAAGGGUUGGAAGACUAACCUAGGAGUCAGAAGAUCUGAAAGAGGAGAAAACACAACACAGAGAAAGAAAAUAUGGAGAAGCAAUGUAGGAAAGUAACUGCAUAAGGGAAAUGGAUGGUGGAGCUAACAAGGAAAUUAAAUCCAGAAGACAAAGAGCUGAAUUGAAAGGACUGCAAAAAGGGUUGGAAGACUUAACCCUGGGAGUCAGAAUAUCUGAAAGAGGACAAAAAAUGAGUCAGAUGGGAGACUCAGCUAAAAAUCCAAGACCUCUAAUAUUGUGAACCUUAAAUAAAAAUAGAGCCCAUUUAUGAAAACAGAUCUCAACCUGUAAUUUGCCAGCAAACAGUACAUAAAUCUGAGGUACAAACAUCCUGAUGAUGUUGGUUUGGAGUCCACUGGUGAUUCUUUGUCUUAGCAAUAAUGGUAAUGUUUGGUAAUGAACUUUGUGGUGAAACAGGUUGAACAUGCCUCCACCAAGCAAAGGAGGAAAGAUGCUUAAGAAAAACUGAGGGCUGAGGUAAACUCAAAUGAGUUAUCUUACCUCUGUGAAGAUAAUGAAGAAUGCAUGGUUCUUGAGAUAUUAGCAGGAAGAUUUUAAAGAUGCUUGAAGGAAGCAUUUCUGAAAGGGGACUGUUUAAACAGGUCUGUUUGCUCAGCUGAAGUAGUGCCCUGUGGGAUCACACUGAUAAAAUCUUGCUGCCUGAUUCAAAACACUGAUUAAAGAGGAGUAGCAUUUUUUGAUGUGAUUGUAGAAAUUUGAUUGGGAUCUUUUUUUUUUGUUCAUUGACACAUGAACUAUCUAAUUAUAUAUGUAAAUGAGAUGUAAUUCUUUUCUGUCUCUCACUGAUAGUGAUGUAAUGCAAAGUGCAUAGUUAAACCUUGGAAAUUAUUGUAAUUGGUGUAAGCAAAUGAGUUUGAAAUUCUGGGUAUGGUUCCCCUUCUUCCAUUCCUUUCCCUAAAGAGGGACUAAGAAAUUUAUCAGAAUAAAUAUCCAGCUAAGCCAUCAUCUUCCCCAAGAUGGGGGAAUACUGCUUUCCAGCAAACUGUCUCAAGGACUUCCAGAGCUAUAAUAUAUAGCUGGUUGUUAUUGCAAUCAUUAAUGGUGAUAAAAACCCUUUGCUUUUUGAACCCAG